UCGUAAGAAAAUGUGUGGAUAUGUUAAAGCUUAUAGAAUAAUUUAAGGUUAUGUUUAUUUGUUAUUGAAGACUUUAAAAGUGGUAUCGAGAAAAAUAACGUUAAAUAUUCCUAAACAAAUAUGUCCAAAAGACCUGAACAUCAAGCCCCACCUGAAUUUUUCUAUAAUGAAGACGAAGCCAGAAAAUAUACUCAAAACUCCCGAAUCAUAGAUAUUCAAGCACAAAUGACUGAGCGAUGUAUGGAACUGUUGCUUUUGCCAGAUGACACAUCUUGCCUAUUGCUGGAUAUUGGUUGUGGUUCAGGAUUAUCUGGAACAGUACUUGAAGAAUGGGGACAUAUGUGGAUUGGCCUAGACAUUUCUCCAUCUAUGUUAGAUGUUGCUUUAGAAAGGGAAACAGAGGGGGACUUGGUACUAGCAGAUAUGGGUGAAGGAGUCCCAUUUAAGGCUGGUAGCUUUGAUGGUGCAGUAUCUGUGUCAGCUCUCCAGUGGCUUUUUAAUGCUGAUAAAAAAUCACAUCAGCCAGUCAAGAGGUUAUACAAAUUCUUCAGUUCUUUAUAUGCAUCAUUAUCGCGAUCAGCAAGGGCAGUAUUUCAGUUCUAUCCAGAAAAUGAAAGUCAAUUAGACCUUGUCACUUCACAAGCUAUGAAAGCGGGUUUUUAUGGAGGUGUUGUUGUUGAUUUCCCAAAUUCUGCAAAAGCUAAGAAAUUCUUUCUUGUACUUAUGACUGGAGGUGCUGCACCUUUACCACAAGCAUUAGGUACUGAAGAAAGUGAUAAUUCUUUGCAAAUUAAAUAUGCAAAACGAGAAGCCUGUAAAGCAGCACGAGGCAAACCUCUCAAAAACACACGGGCAUGGCUUCUUGAUAAAAAAGAAAGGAGACGGAAACAAGGAAAAGAGACUAAACCUGAUACUAAAUAUACAGGCAGGAAAAGAAGUGGUCGUUUUUAAUGUUUAUUUUCUAUCUAAUUAUAUUGUAAGGUACAUAAAUAUAUCAAUAAAAUAUAUUUAAUACAUAA